AGAAAGCCUCUUCUCGUCCUCCGCGACAUUCCGCCCAGAACCCGACUCCAUAGGUUCCAUAUAUAUCCCCCCAAGGUGGACCAAAGAUCCAUCCACAUCCGAGUCAUUGACACGUUGCUGCCUGCUCAUCCGACCAUAAAAACACAAUGAAGUUAUUCGCGAUCCCCCAGGACCAGAACGGCUGUCGCGAUCGGCUCCACCGCCAGCAUCCCCGUGCCACUGCUAGUGCCCCUUGCCCUGCCCCUGCCCCGGUUUCGGGUCGUCCGUCGUGAUUUAAUCAUGGCAUUCCCGGCAUGGUCCUGGUCCUGGUCCUUAAAAGUGGCUCUUCCCUCGAGAUCCAAAUCCUUUGCAGCAUUUUCACUCUCCUUCUCCGGUCACCACAUCAUCCCACCUGUCUCUACCACACCCAUCCUGAAUAGACCAUCCCAAUCCUACCGUCGAAUCCACUGCACUCCCCUCCGCCAACAACAACAACCCCUCAAGAUGCCCUCCGCGACCACACCCCCGCCCUCACCCUCACCAGAAUACCGCGUCCUGAUUGUCGGCGGCUCAUACGGCGGGUUAUGCGCAGCCCUGACCCUCCUGGACCUGUCUCACGGCAAAGUCGCCCGUUUCAACUUCACCGAGAAUGCUCAGCCCCCGGCGCGCCAGAUCCCGAUGCAGAUUACGGUCGUGGAUGAACGGGAUGGAUUCUACCACCUUAUCGGCUCCCCCCAAGCCCUCGCCAGCGAGGAAUACGCCUCCAAGACAUGGACAAAAUUCGCAGACAUCCCCGCCCUACAGAGCCCGAGCGUGCGCUUCGUACAGGGGAGCGUGAGCUCCGUGGACUGCCAGACCAAAAUCGCGCAGAUCCUCGACACCGAGACCCAGGAAACCCGGAAGGAGAAGUACGAUUUCCUGAUCGCGAGCUCUGGAUUACGACGGGGGUUCCCGACAGUGCCGCAGUCGCUGCGACGGGAGGAGUUUCUUUCGGAGACGAGGACGAAUGUCGACGCAAUCCGCCACGCUCAAGAUGGCGUGGUCGUUAUUGGUGGCGGCGCAGUGGGCGUCGAAAUCGCAACCGAGCUACGGACCCUCUACCCGACCCAGAAAAUCACCCUCAUCCACUCUCGCGACCGCCUCCUCUCCGCAGAACCGCUACCAACCGACUUCCAAGACCGGGUGGCAUCCGUGGUCCGCGAUUCCGGCGUGAAGCUGAUCCUCGGACAACGGGUCAUCAGCACGGCAACCAUCGAGACCGAAGGCGGACGAAAGAUCUGGCAUCUCACUCUAACCAACGGUAGAAGUAUCUACGCGGGUCAUGUCAUGAAUGCCGUUUCGAAGUCCGUGCCUACGUCGUCGUAUCUUCCCCAGGAAGCGCUGGAUCAGGAGGGUUAUGUGCCUAUUUUGCCCUCUACACAAUUCCCCCCCACAGUCCCCAACGCAACCCAGCACUUCGCAAUCGGCGACCUGGCAUCCUGGUCCGCGAUCAAGCGCUGCGGCGGCGCAAUGCACAUGGCGUACCACGCGGCCAGCAACGCGCACCAGCUGAUGCUGUCGGCCGACAAGCCAGAGUAUAUAACCCUUGAGAAAUCGCCGCCGUGCAUGGGUCUAGCUCUGGGGAAGACCGCCGUGACGUAUACUGCUGACCAGGGGACGAGGGAUGGAGAAAGUGAGCACGAGCUUUGGUUUGGGAAGGAUAUGGGGUAUAGCAUUUGUUGGAAUUAUAUGAAGUUGGGGGAGCCGUGGAAGGCGUGAGUGAGUGAGUGAGGUGAGGUGAGGUGAGGUGAGGUGAGGUGAGGUGUUGAGGGUGGGUGGUGGGUAAGUAUAUAGGUAGGUCUGUGUUCGAGUUCGAGUUCGACGAAGCGGGUAUUUGUCGACUGGGAUGCGGAUACUGGGCUCAUUACUCGGCAUGGUUAUCUGGGGUAUUCACUGGAUUUGCGGGUGCAGUCUGGACCUGGUCUGAGUGAAUGGUAGAGGAAUCGGCUGUGAGGAUAUAUAUCGAACGGUACUUGAAAUUUGCUGGCGCGGUGGGUCUCUCUCUGAUCGUGUCAUAUCAUAUCAUUGAAUAUUAGUGUGCAAU